CGAUGAGUGCGUUAUCACAAGAAUAUGUCCUUUAUUGUCACAACUGCCCAAUGCGUAGGUUUUCAAGCGCCCACUAAAGAUCCAACAGUGAAACAGGGGGGUUGCAGGGGCCUGUUUGCCAAAAGCAACAAUCAUCUUCCUACAAGGGACAAACGUUGAGUCUUAUUCUCGACUUGGACAUUCGUAAAAGCAUGUCCUAAAAAGGAACGGUGAUCCCGAAUCCUUCCAUUUGGGAUACUCAAUUGCUACAUUACCAUGCAACAGAACAACAAAAUCCGCUGGUAAUUUCUUCUGCAUUCUCAUUUCCGUGAGUGAAACCCCAAUUAGUUAUUGCAUUCUCUUUCUCCGCAAUAAUGCACAGUCCAUCCGGAACACGACCCAAGAAGAGACUUGCCUGCGACAGGUGUCACUCUCGUAAAUUACGCUGCUCUGGUGACUUGGAUGGUUGUUCACGAUGUCUUGGUGACGAUUCGGUCUGCACUUAUAGCCCUGCUCUAAAGGUUGGACGACCUAGCAAAGCGUCGAUGGCUGGCAGAGAGAUACAGCAGACACAAUCUAUUUGUGAUGCCGCGUUUUAUAGCAUUUCAGAUGGAGAUGCAUUGAGUGCUGAUUCCGGGAUAUCCAUGCCGCCGUCACCUCCACAGCUCGGCGAUAGUUGCAUUACAGAUCAUACAGCGCUCUUUGGCUCUUUCGACUUGUCCAACAGCCUCGGCAACUUUAACGCCACGCAUCCGUUCCUCGAUAUACCCAUGGAUGAAGACCCAUGGUCUGUCGCGACAAGCCCACCUGUCUCUUCGCACGAUCCCAAUAUCGAUCCAAGUCUAUGUCCAGCAAAUGAAACAGCGAAUGCAUCCAGCUCGCUCGAGAGAUUAUUGAGCCUCCAGCAAGAGCUUUUACGCACGAGACUACCGCCCGCUCAUGCGAGGGGCGUUGGCACUCAACCUCGACCGGCGAAAUAUAUAGAGGCAGCCAUGCGACCUGUCCAAGAGACCCUGGGCGUUGUAACCGAGCUAUUACAUCAAUGCGUGAAAAGCAAUGGCGAUGCGACCGACUCAGUUUGUUCCAAUUGGCAAACAGUUCUUCACCUGGUUCUCACGCCCUUGUCUCUUCUACUAUCUACAUACGAUCAAAUAUUACACGAGAUCCGCAACGCGGUAUCAUCAUCUGUAUCGCACCAAGAUUGUACGCUGUUCGACUCGGUAGACUGCCGCGUCGCAGGCCUGAAGCUUGAUCCGCCGUUGAGAUUGAUCUUGCUGGCGACGGUGGUAGACUACCAAUUGAAACAUCUGUAUCACACAGUGAGGGCAUUUCAGUCCAAGUAUAUGCAUUCAGGGAAUCUGGGAAUAGCGGAUUGCAUGUCGUCGUCGACUAUGGCUGAGGUUCAAUCUACCAUUCGGUCGCUGCUGGCGGUGACGAGAAGUACAUUGCAGCAAUCACAAGAGACAUAGAUUAAAUACCAACAAAGGUUAGAAGUUGACGAUUAUAUAAAACCUGGAAUAGAUAGCGGUUGUAUAUGGUGAUGCAUAAGAGGACAAGCACCAAGUAGACGAGUAGUGUUGGGCAAAGUCCUUUCUAAUGCGAUAAAUAGGCCUUAUCGGCGCUCGACCGUAACUGAAGAAUUCCCAAUGAACUUACCCGUUUGCCCUUUC